AUGCGAAUUCCGGCAGUGGCGGCGCCACUUUUCAUCGUCUCGUGCCCGGAUCUCGUGAUUGCGCAGUGCAAGGCCGGGAUCAUCGGCAGCUUUCCGGCACUCAAUGCCCGGGAUGAACCAGGCGGUCCGGUGUUGCUCGAGAUAUGGCUUAAGAAGAUUACCGAAGAGCUUGACCGCCAUAAUCAGGCAAAUCCGGAUCGGCCGGCGGCGCCGUUCGCCGUCAACCAGAUCGUCCACCGGUCCAAUGACCGGCUCGAACGGGAUGUCGAAAUCUGUGCGAAGUGGAAAGUUCCGGUCUGGAUCACGUCCAUGGGUGCGCGGGUCGAGGUCAACGACGCCGCUCAUUCGUGCGGGGGCAUUGCGCUUCAUGAUGUCAUCAACAACACCUAUGCAAAAAAGGCGGUCGGCAAGGGCGCCGACGGACGGAUCGCGGUUGCGGCAGGGGCGGGCGGUCACGGCGGGCCACAAUCGCCAUUUGCCCUUGUGCGCGAGAUCCGCGAGUGGUUCGACGGCCCAUUGUUGCUUGCAGGAGCGGUCUCCACAGGUGAAGCUCGUUUGGCGGCUCGCGUGCUGGGGGCCGAUUUCGGUUAUGUCGGCUCACCCUUCGUGGCAACGAACGAAGCCAAUGCCGACCCGGUCUACAAGGAGAUGAUGGUGAAGGCAGCAGCGGAAGACGUCCUGACGUCAUCCCUGUUCACCGGGCAUCCGGCCAACUACCUGAAAGGGUCGUUGACACGGGUCGGUCUCGACCCGGACAACUUGCCGCCGGACUGGGAUGUGAGCGUCAUGCCGGACGAUGGUCCACUGCCGAAGGCCUGGCGGGAAAUCUGGGGCGCGGGGCAGGGGAUCGGAGCGAUCAAGUCGGUCGGACCGGCAGCGGCCGGAGACGUCAUGGAUCUGGGCAUAUCGGACCGGGUGCGGCCGCUCAUCGAGCAGGUCCGGCAGAUGGUCGAGGAAGAGAUUGCACCGCUGGAUAUCGAGUUUCAUCACGAGGUUGGCGGGCAUCCGUCCGGAGACCGGUUCCAGCAUACGCCGCGGCAGCUGGAAAUUCUGGAAACCCUCAAGACGAAGGCGAAGGAACGCGGCCUCUGGAAUUUCUGGCUGACCGACAGCGAAAGAGGCUUCGGGCUGUCCACCGUCGAAUAUGCCUAUCUCGCGGAGGAAAUGGGCAAGGUCGGGAUCGCCGCCGAGGUCUUCAAUUGCAAUGCACCCGACACCGGCAACAUGGAGGUGCUUGAGCGCUAUGGGUCGCAGGUGCACAAGGAGCGCUGGCUGAAACCGCUUCUGGAGGGAACGAUCCGCUCCGCUUACCUGAUGAGCGAGCCGGACGUCGCCUCGUCCGAUGCCACCAACAUUGCGCUGAGCGCGGCCUGCGACGGGGAUGACUGGAUCCUCAACGGCGAAAAAUGGUGGGCGACCGGGGCGGGAGAUCCGCGUUGCAGGCUCUAUAUCGUCAUGGCUUCAACAGAUCCGUCUGCCCACAAACACAGCCGGCAUUCCAUGUUCCUGGUGCCGAGCGAUUCCGACGGGAUUGAAGUCCUGCGACCGAUGCAGGUCUUUGGAGCAGAUGAUGCCCCGCAUGGCCACAUGCAUAUCCGUUUCACCGAUGUCCGGGUUCCGGCGGAAGAUCUGGUGCUCGGCGAGGGACAGGGCUUCGAGGUUGCGCAGGGCCGUCUUGGUCCGGGCCGCAUCCACCACUGCAUGCGGGCGAUCGGUCAGGCCGAAAUGGCGCUUGAGCUCCUGUGCAAACGGGCCAUGAACCGGCAGGCAUUCGGCAGGAAACUGACCGAUCUCGGUGCCAACUACGACAUCAUCGCCGACGCGCGCAUGGAGAUCGAGAUGGCGCGUCUGCUCUGUCUGAAGGCGGCCUGGAUGAUGGAUACAAGGGGAACGCGCGCCGCCCAGCCCUGGAUCAGCAAGAUCAAGGUCGUCGCGCCCCUGAUGGCGCUGAAAAUCGUCGACGAGGCCAUGCAGGUUCAUGGCGCAGCCGGCAUCAGCCAGGACUUCCCGCUUGCUGCCAUGUGGACUCACCUGCGGACCCUGAGAUUUGCGGACGGUCCGGACGCCGUGCAUCGACGUCAGGUGGCCCGCACGGAGCUGCGGAAGUAUACCAAUGACAG